AUGAAUGAGGUUAGAAAAUUAAUUGGUCCUGCUCUUAACAAAUUUCCAGCAAUGUGUUCGGAUGCAUCAAUUCUAAGAUUUCUGAGAGCACGAAAUUGGCAUACAAAAAGGUCAGCCAAAAUGCUCAAAGAAGCAUUAAUAUGGAGACUAGAAAACAAACCAAACAUGAUCCGUUGGGAUGAUAUUGCUCAACAAGCAGAACCUGGAAAAGUUUACAAAGCCAAUUAUUUUGACAAAUAUGGAAGGACUGUGCUUGUCAUGAAGCCUGGAAUACCGAAUCCUUACUCAGUAGAGAUGCAAAUGAGAUAUCUAGUUUAUUGCAUGGAGAAUUCCAUAUUGGAUCUAAAAUCUGGUCAAGAGCAAAUGGUUUGGUUGAUCGACUUUGAAGGAUGGAACAUGUCUAGCAUAUCAGUAAAAGUGACUAGGGAAACAGCGCGUAUUCUGCAAGAUUGUUAUCCAGAGAGGCUAGGUCUUGCAAUCCUUUAUAAUCCACCAAAAGUUUUUGAGUCCUUCUGGAUUUUGGUAAAACCAUUCCUUGAGAAGAGGACAUACAAGAAAGUGAAGUUUGUGUAUCCAAAUGAUCAAAAAGUAAUGGAAGAUUUGUUUGAUAUGGACAAGCUUGAAUCAUGUUUUGGAGGAAAAUGCACACAAUGUUUUGAUUAUGUCACUUACUCUAAUCGCAUGAGAGAGGGAGAUAAGAUGAUGACUGAUUUUGUUAUUUCUGGUGCUCCUUUACCCUCUGACCAAUACUUGACAACAUUAGACAAUGGUUUCGAAUUGUCUGAGGAUGGUAUAUCCUCUACUGAUGAAACAACAUCGAAUUUGGAAAGUUCAGAUGAGACUGAAGAUUUACAGAUGAAUUAUAAUGACGAAAUCAAAGUUGAUCCAAAUGCUUCAAAACAGAUAAAACAAAGCGAGUAA